AUCACGUUAUGCCCACACGAUCCUACACACUAUAACGCCCGCGAUCCGUUUGCGAAAAUACAAAGUGCAAAAAGCGGAGAAAUUUGUAACCGUCCACGGCCACGUAGAUAAUGCGAAGUGUCUUCUUUUCCCGCGUUCGGUGAAGAUCUUAGCCAUUCGAAACCAUUGCCAUAAAUUUCCCCAGUCUAUGUCACAGCUAACAGGAGCGCGAUGACGUUUUCCGAAACAACGGCAUACAUGGUUGCUUUUGGAAGGGCCCUCGACGAUAUCUGUACGAAUAUAUAGGUACCCUGCUAGCCUGCUCAACACUUCUUCUAUGUAUUCUGUACAUGUUAGCCGUCAAUUGGAAUUCAGUCACGUGACUUUAUCCGCCAUUCAUCACCGCACACACAUACACUAGUCUUUUAUACUGCGUGUCUUUUACGUAUGCGCCGGCUGUGGUGAAACGAGCUACGAGAUCGAAAAUCAACCUGCAAACCCUCCGAAUUUCGCUGAUAUAUUUUGUUUCCGGAAGAGUGCCGCCUGGGAAAUAUAGCCAUCAUGCAUCGCAAAACGCGAUUGAAGAUAACGGAUCUAAAUAAGCACCUAACAUGUACGCUGUGCAAAGGAUAUAUCGUGGAUGCGACAAGCAUCAUGGAAUGUUUACAUUCAUUUUGUCGGAGUUGCAUUGUUCGUUAUCUUCACACCAGUAAGCAAUGUCCGGUAUGUGACACACAAGUCCACAAGACCAGACCACUACUCAACAUCAGAUCUGACAAAACGUUGCAGAAUCUUGUCUAUAAAUUGGUACCCAGCAUGUUCAAAGGAGAAAUGAAAAGGAGGAGAGAGUUUUACAAGUCACACCCAGAAGCCAGUACUAGUCUCGCACAGAAUGUUUCAAGGGAAGAACUUGGAGAAAUGGACGAACAGGAGCUCAUUAUUUACACCGACGAUGAACAUCUCAGUCUCUCCCUCGAGUACUAUCAACAGAACAUUCACAUACCAAAACCUAAACCAGCCGCUGCCUUACCGCGUUCAGUCGGUAAUGGGGACAAUGUGUCAACCAGCAGUAGCAGCGGUAGCAGCAGCAGCAGCAGCAGUAGUGAUACAAGCAGUGAGAGCGGUGGAAGUAAUCCCGACGUUGCCAGUGGUACUACCGCGGUUGCCGGUGGGAGCGCAACGGGAAGCAGUAAAGGAAAUACCUCAGCGGCGGCACCAACGGCGGCACCAACGGCAGGAGACACACAAGCGGUUGUGAGCGCUGCGGUUACCGCAGCACUGAAGGUUGCGGCGAGCGGUGCGAAGUCAAGUGCUAAGGCGACGGAGGAGAAACGGGGAGGUCAGACAGAUGCAGCUGAACGAUCGGCGCAGGAAAGAUUAAAAGGAAAGCCGAAUGGAACGUCGACGUUAAAGAGUACCAGCGGUCCAAUAAACGGCAAGACGAGAGCAAAUGGUGAUGCAAACGGGUUGUCAGACGAGAUUGUUGAUAAACGGUACUUAAGAUGCCCUGCAGCUGUCUCCAUAGGUCAUAUCAAGAAGUUUAUCAGACACAAGUUUGGAUUAUCACUGGCUUACCAGAUUGAAGUCAUGUACAGAGGAAGCGAAGAUGAACUGCUACCAGACGAAUACACCUUGAUGGACGUUGCUUACAUUUACACAUGGGGUCGGGUCGGACCGAUGCCUCUUGUCUACCGUGUUUACCAACCACUUGCCAAACCACUGAAAAGAACCCUCACUGAUAAAAACGCGUCCAUCAUUCCUGAGAAAAUACCAAAGAAAACAGACACUUCUCAAAACCAGCAGAAAAUUCUCCCAUCAGCUGCGUCGAAACCGAAGGACACUUCGCCGAACCAGGGUUCGCAGGAAAACACGUCUCCCGCAACGACACCGGGUGUGCAACCGGACACAGUGAAAUCGAAUAGUGCGUUGAACGUACCGGCGUUGCCCGGGUCUGUUGUUGCAGCGAACAGGUCAUAGCGACGGAUUAUACAACUCCCAUGCAUAUCGACCAUUGGUUUAAGUCGGACAGCUGUAGGAUCUCCCAGUUUUUUUAUCGCAAUCUGUAAGAAAUUCUUGCGGCCAUCGGAAUAGGAACGCAACGAGUGGAGUAAAUUGGCACACGUGCUAUGUAAGAUUUUGCAAGACUGUGUAACUUCGUUCUAUACAAUCAUGCAUGUAGGCUGAUGUUUUCAGGGGUUCUCAAGCAAAUCCAAAUCUGAGGAGCAUGUCAUGAAAGGACUGUUUACCAUACAGGUACCAUAGAAGCGGUCCAACAGAUACAUUUGCUUCUCAUCCAUCAGAAACAAAAGAGGUUGCCAGAUAUGACAACCUGUGAGAUGGCAACUGAAACGCAGAUUUUCCAGGCAUUUAGCAAUAUCUUCAACACUGCUACGGUCAUCUGUUCAUCGUGAAGACAAUUGCGACUUUCGUUUGAUGUGUAAUUAGUCGGUUCUUACUCGAAUUGUCCACCUACUUCAUGAAAUCUGGGGCCCGUUGCAGAAAGGGUUGCAAUCAAACGCAACUCUAAAAAACUCAAACUCAUAACGAUCGGAACUUGCGCUGGAUUUUUAGGCUUUGUUUAAACGUUUAAACGCAACUUUUUGCUGCAUUGGGCCCGAGAAUUGGGUAGGCCAGCCAUAUCCCAGUUCCAUCAGUUUACCAACGCCAUCGACACCAACACCCAAUGUAGCGAUCCAAUGAUCAGAAAUCAGUUUGUGUUUUAUCACCGACUUGGAGUCGAUGUUUGGUGUGCGACCGUGCAAGCGAGGACCUAUAGUGACCUUUGACCUGAAAUGUUUGUUGAAUGAUAAAAAAAAAUCCGUUUUGCCCGUUGUCGGUAUACCACGAAGAUAGGGACAUGCUGCUUUUAUUCUCAGCUGAGCAAGACAUUUUGAGGUCGGACCCGUGGUUUCUGUACAAAAUGAUUUUCUUUAUUGGGUCCUUUCAAGAGGCCUCCAGAAAGUGCAGUAUCGUGAUGAGGAACUAUUUCAGUGUCUCGGAAAUCCAUGUUUUGUGUUUUGUUUUGUGUUUAAUACCAAUAACCUUCUGAAGGAAAAUUCGUGGUAUGUAAACUUGAUUGUGUUCGCUCUUGGAGGGUGGAUAUUAUUCAUGUAUGUCAUUUUGGAUGGUUCGAAUUUUAUUUACGAAAAUAUAUUAAUUUAUCCAUGCUGAUGUUUACUUUAGAGAUGCAUCGUAUCUUAUAUCUUAGGUUUUUAACAAAUUCUUGACAUUUUAAUCAUUAUUGAAUUGAUUAUCACCGGAUUUUGUUCUCCUUCUUGAUUCAGCGGGGUUAUUCAUCAUCAUAUCCUCGUUUAAGAUUUUUAGAAACUUCCCGAUGUAAAAUUUGGUCCGUUUUAUACUUCCAACGAUUCAUUUACCGUAUUUGCUCUGCCUAUGGUCCUACAUCACGUUUAUAAGAAAAAUGAAAUAUCCAUCUUUGUUCAGGUCUUCUUGCGUUAGUGGGAAAGUUUAUGAUUCUGAAUUUUCUAUGAAAAUAAUAUUCAAAUAUAUUGUGCUGAAAUAUUUAGGAAGAAUACUUUUAGUUUUAUGGCAUAGUUAUUUGUCCAAAUCCCUCUAAUUCUGGAAUAUAUUGGUCAAGAUAGUCAUACGGUCACUUGCCAUAUAUAUUGUCCUAUUAAAAAAUAUGACAUCGAAAGAAAUUAGUUUUUAUCGAUUUUUCGCUUAUGAUUCGAGAAAGUGUCCAGUAUCUACCUUCCUUUUACACCGAAAUUACGGCUACAUUGACAGAACAAAACGCCAACAUAACAAAGAUAGAUCAUUUACCAAUGCAAUUAGAUCAACGUUUCGUGCAGAUAAGGCAACAAUAAUAAUUAUGGCAAGUGAGGGAAUGCUAUUUUAUGAUAAUAUGCAUUUUACCAUAGUACACCCUCUGAUUAGAGUGUUAUGUUCAAACUCAGACCAUCGGACCCGCUGAGGGACACCUCUCCCGUUUUAGAAUUUGUGCACGUGGCCGAAAUACGGGGGGGAAAUACGCAGGGUAGCCAAUUUAUCUUUGCUAACGAUGAACGGAUAGCGGCUAUUUGAAAAGGAUUCGAGCAAGAAACACAGUUCCUUAAAUGAUCGCUCUAACCUUUUCUAACCGGAACUGUCUACUAGCUCUCACAUUUUGACCACGAUCCGUUUCAUGAAACAGAAUUAACUUUCUUUACUCUCUAAAUAUUUUGAUGAAAUGGGGAUAUCCGGGAUUAAUAGUCUUUAUCCAAUUCAAAUAGUUUGGAAGUACAUUGAAGAAAAACGAGUUCAAAUUUGCGCCUUUAAAGGUGCAACCCAAUGCCAUUCUGGAACUGCAUCGUACAUCUGGGACCCGUUGCAUAAAACUUUUGCCAUAUUAAAAACUUGCAAACAAAAUUAUGCCUUUGAAACUUACACAUUAAAAAACUCUGCCAUAGUUUUUUUUUUUGCAACAGGGCCCUUGUGUGCAACUUUGUCCCCUACAAUUCUUGAAGCACGUUUACAGAUGCUUAUGUUCACGUUUUCGGAACAAAAAGGUGCGAAAUUACACUUUAUUGUUGCAUUGCUGAAAGUGCAAAAGUGAACCCGUUUUUCUUGCAGUUUACAGUUUUGCGAUGAAUUGCAAAUAUGAAAGAACACCCCUGAUUGGUUCCUGGUCAGUAUUUUAAACUUAAUGUGCAUGUAACAUUGAUAUUGAUUGGUCAGUUAAUUUAGCGUUUGAUCGCUAAUCUUUGUGUUACGGAGCCCUGAAUUUCCUUCUGUAAUCAUGAAAUAUUGCUCUCCUUUAUUUCCGAUGAGUGAAGCUGUGUCAAAAUUUUCGAAUAAAGAUGAAAAUUACCGAAAAAUAAAA